UGCUGCAUGUAGUUGUGUCCAUUGUAAACAAAUUAUCGUUUCUAUUCAAAUGAAUACUAAACGUCAAUUCUAAAUCAUCGCUGACCACAGACGGACGCUUUGAAAUGUCACUAUUAUGUUUAUUAUUUUUAAUAUCCGUGUGUCAUAGUGUGCCAAUAACAAAAAGUCAUGAAGAAUCCGUUCAGUGUAUUUCAAAGGAGUUGCAAGACGAGAUUGCCUCAUACGACACUUUAGUUAUGGAUAUAAUAGACUACACGACUGGGCCCUUCAAAGGGAAGACUUAUGAGGAAUUGGCUAAAUUUGUCGACAAGUUUGGAGCUCGUCCAUCUGGGUCGGAGGUUCUCGAACAAUCUAUCGACUAUAUGAUUGAAUUGACUCGAGAAGAAGACCUUCAAGAUAUCAUUACCGAGGAGCUAGAGGUACCGCACUGGGUGAGAGGUGAAGAGAAAAUUACAAUGCUCGAACCUAGAGUGAAAAAUAUGGACCUGCUGGGUCUAGGCCGAAGUGUAAGCACACCACCAGGAGGCAUCACAGGAGAAGUUAUUGUAUUCAAAAACUAUUCACAAUUAGAAAACACUGCCGAUAAAGACGUUGCUGGAAAGAUAGUACUGUACGACCCAAUUUUCACAACAUACAGUGAAACCAAUCAAUAUAGAACUCAAGGUGCUGCAAGGGCGGCAGCUAAAGGUGCUAUUGCUUCAUUGGUGAGAUCAAUUGCUCCUUUUUCAAUCAACACUCCGCACACUGGAUCUCAAACUUACAGUGAUGAUGCACCUAAAAUUCCAACAGCCGCUAUAACAUUGGAAGAUGCCGAUUUAAUAAGAAGAAUGUACGACCGUGGCGAAAAAGUUGUCUUAAACAUCCAAAUGACUUCAACUUUUGAUACACAGAUAUCUCGUAAUACUCUCAUUGAUUUGAAAGGCAGCGAGAAGCCCGAACAGCUAGUAAUAGUUUCAGGUCAUAUUGACAGUUGGGACGUCGGUCAGGGCGCUAUGGAUGAUGGUGGCGGUCUAUUUAUUAGUUGGGCAGCUCCAGUUAUUCUGAAACGUCUGAAACUCAGGCCUAAAAGAACUAUUAGAACAAUAUUCUGGACUGCAGAGGAAUUGGGACUAGUUGGAGCUCGUGCAUACCAAGAAGCUCACAAAAAUGAGAGCCAUAAUAUAAAUUUCAUCAUGGAAUCUGAUGAGGGCACAUUCGCUCCUCUAGGAUUAGAAGUAGGCGGAACUAAGGAAGCACGCUGUAUCAUUAAAGAGAUUCUCAAAUUAUUUAAAUCUAUAAAUGCGUCAACUUUAGUUGAGAGCGAUAGUCCAGGAUCUGAUAUAUCUAUAUUCACUGGAAAUGGAAUUCCGGGAGCAAGUCUUCAUAAUGCUAAUGAGAAAUAUUUCUGGUUCCAUCACACUGAAGGUGAUACCAUGAACGUUGAGAGUCCGGAGGAACUGGAUCUUGGCACGGCAUUCUGGACGGCAGUUUCCUUUAUCAUCGCUGACAUAUCUGUAGACAUUCCUCGUGCUUAAUACGCCAUUAUGGUUUAUGAACUAUUGUUAAAAGUUAGUUGUAUAAAAUCUACAUCUUAUCAUGAAUUUCAUGAUUCCCUAAAUCAAUAAGUAUGAGUCCUUUAUCCACGCCUCAUUCCGUUCCAAGAUCGGGCUCUGGGGACCGAUAAAUGCGGGAGAAGAUAUUAUAAAGAUAUUUUCCAUGCGACGGCUAAAGAAAGGAGAAUUUUCGUUGGCAAAUGCGAUCCACCUCACGAUAAAGGUCUUAAAUUAUGUUAUCGUUUCUUGCUAUUGUAAUAAAAAUAAAAGCUUAGUUUUCCAGUGGAACGCUCCCUUGAGCACGUAAGGUGAAAAAAUGCUUUAUUUAUGCGGGAAAAGUAGUCGUAAACUUUAUACAAUUUGCCAUGAUAAAUGUAGUUACAAAAUAGGAAAGCAUAUCAAGACUGGAUAUAAAGAAAGUCAAGUACAAUAAUUUUAAAACAACCACCUUUUAGAAAAAUAUAUUUCAUUGUUUUUACUCAAAAAAAAAAAAAAUGCUUUGUGGAAGAGCAUACGAGUACGAAGUGUCGUUAUUUAUCGAGAAAGACAAAUUUAUUCUGUACAUUAGGUAUUCAAACAAUUGAACUGUCGAUGAACGAAUGCCGCAGUAGAAGUACUGAUAAAAAUAAAAACGUAAAAAAAAUAUAGGACUUGGUAUCUUUUUUCGCGUACAUUUUUUUAUUUUUUUAUUUCUAUAUAGUCAGUUUCCAAAUAUAAAAAAAGAAAUCCAAUUUGUUUUGUCCUGGAACAAUAUUGAAAUUGGGACAAAAUUAAAAUCGUGCCUUGCUUAGUAUUCAUUCCCUUGAAUGUGAAAGAAUAUUAUGUGCCUUUCGGAAAAAGUUCACCAAUUUCCAAUUACAUUGAAUUUUAAUGAAACUAUGUAUAAAGUCUAUUUUGCUUUAAUUAUCUAUAACAAAGUCGGUUUCGGUUCCACACAGAAAUGUUAUUAACUUAUUUAAUACCAGUAGAUAUUGAUCAUACUUUUUAAACUGGUAAAUUAUUAACUUUGUAACAUACUUGUCGAAGAAGAUGGUUAAUUGUAUUAUAUUUGGCUAUCAUACUAAUACUAUAAAUGCGUAAAAUAUGAAAACAGUUCGACGUUAUUAAGAAGUAAAAGAAGAAACUGCUGAAUGCUUUUUACUAAGCAAAAAUUACACAAUGGGAUCAUAAUAAGGGCGGAGCCGCGAACAACACCUUGUUUAAAUGUAUUUUAGUUCAAAAGAACUCUGAUUAAUAGGAAGCCCUCACUACACCAAACAAUACAUAUUUUGUUUUGUUUCGAACAACAAAUUAACAUUUUAAUUAGGAGGUUGGAAAACGUUUUCGUAGACCAGUUCUUUUCAAAUUAUACCUUUGUAUAUUAUUGUCAGGCUUCAUUCUGUGACUUCGCUCUCAAAAUUAUGUUUAUUAUUACAAACGAUUUUAUACAAUUAUUAAUAAUGCACCCGAUCCCGAUUGAUGCUUCUAGAAUCUAUAUAGAAUUAAUCAUUUAAAGCUAUAUAAAGAACCCAGACCCGUUUCUAAGUUUAUGUUAUUAUUAUAAGCAAGAUAUAAACACAUAUUAUUGAUGUAUUUGUAAAUAAUAUUACCAUCUAUCAACAUCUAUUCACUGUAAUCGAAUAGUUUUCUACGAAGUAGCAUUAAAUAAUUGAGAUA